CUUCUUUUUAUUUUUUUCCUCCCUUUUUCCACACCCCCAGAGCCGCUGUUGCUGGUGGCAGAGAGCCCAGACUCUGUAGGAACUCAGAAAUGCUGCAGAUCCAAGCCCCGGCUGCCCUCUCCGUUUUGCAAUCCUUUGGAGUGGAGUUGGGGGGAGAGAGAAGGAAUAAAAUGGGAGGGGAUUUUUUUUUUCUUUAUUAGAGAUUUAUAGACUUUCCCACCAGUAGGGACAAGGAGCUGGAGCUGAGCGGCCAAUUUCCUACAGUUUCUGAGCAGCUGCUGACGGCUCAGCCCCGCUGGAUCCGGCCGCACACGAGGGUACCAUGAACUGAGCACGGAGACACCCAAAACUCUCUUUUUUUUUUUGUUUUGGCUUUUUUUGGGUUUGUUUUCCACCCGUGAAAAAAGCCCCUCGACGCUCUUUAAUGAAAGCGUUUUGAAGCGAGUUACUUCUCCCCUCCCCUGAGCUGAAGUUGUCCCGGGUCUGGUGAGGAUUUCCAGAGAAGAUGGGGAGAAAAAAGAUCCAGAUCCAGCGGAUCACGGACGAGCGCAAUCGGCAGGUGACCUUCACCAAGCGCAAGUUCGGCUUGAUGAAAAAAGCCUAUGAGCUGAGUGUCCUGUGCGACUGCGAGAUCGCCCUCAUCAUCUUCAACCACUCCAACAAGCUGUUCCAAUAUGCCAGCACCGACAUGGACAAGGUGCUGCUCAAGUACACUGAGUACAACGAGCCCCACGAGAGCCGGACCAACGCAGACAUCAUCGAGACAUUAAGAAAGAAAGGUUUUAACGGCUGUGACAGCCCGGAGCCUGACGGUGACGACUCCAUAGACCAGAGCCCUUUGAUGGAGGAUAAAUACCGCAAAGGCAGCGAGGAUCUGGAUAUCCUGUUCAAGCGAUACGGUUCCGCAGUGCCCGCUCCCAACUUUGCCAUGCCCGUGACGGUGCCAGUGACCAACCAAAACACACUGCAGUUCAGCAACCCGGGCAGCUCACUGGUGACCCAGUCCCUGGUGACCUCGUCGCUGACAGACCCCCGGCUCCUGUCGCCGCAGCAGCCAGCACUGCAGAGGAACACGGUGUCCCCGGGGCUGCCGCAGCGGCCAGCCAGCGCAGGGGCGAUGCUUGGGGGAGACCUGAACAACACAAAUGGAGCCUGCCCGAGCCCUGUGGGAAAUGGCUAUGUGAGUGCCAGAGCCUCGCCGAGUCUCCUUCCUGUGUCCAAUGGCAGCAGCCUGGGCAAGAUCAUCCCAGCCAAGUCCCCACCACCACCCUCGCAUGGGACGCAGCUCGCCGCCAACAGCCGCAAGCCAGACCUGCGUGUGAUCACCUCGCAGAGCGGGAAGGGGCUGAUGCACCACCUGACCGAGGACCACUUGGCUCUGCAGAACACGCAGAGGUUGGGUGUCUCCCAAGCAACUCACUCUCUGACCACACCGGUUGUUUCCGUGGCGACUCCGAGUUUGCUGACACAGGGGCUGCCCUUCUCUGCCAUGCCCACAGCGUACAACACAGAUUAUCAGCUGACGAGCGCUGAGCUGUCCUCGCUGCCAGCAUUCAGCUCACCUGGAGGCCUGUCCCUUGGCAACAUCUCUGCCUGGCAGCAGCAGCAGCAGCAGCAACAGCAGCAGCAGCAGCAGCAGCAACAACAGCAGCAGCAGCAGCAGCAACAGCAACAACAGCAGCAACAGCAGCAACAACAGCAGCAGCCACAGCAGCAGCCGCAGCAGCAGCACCUGGUCCCUGUGUCACUAGGAAACUUAAUACAAGGGAGUCACUUGUCCCACACCACCACUUUGACUGUCAACACCAACCCCAACAUCAGCAUCAAGUCGGAGCCCGUCUCGCCCAACCGGGAGAGGAACACUGCCACCCCGCUCAGCACCUUCCCCCACCAGCCCCGGCACGAGCCCACCGGCCGCUCGCCCGUCGACAGCCUCAGCAGCAACACCAGCUCCUACGAGGGCAGCAGCGAGCGGGACGAUCCCGCCCGCCCCGAUUUCAGCUCGUCCCUGGGCCUCCUGCGGCCCAGCAGCGAGCCCGAGGGGGAGAGCCCCUCCGUAAAGCGCAUGCGGUUGGAUACCUGGGUCACAUAACGCGUCCCCGCCAUCCCUGGGAGCUCCGGUGGGGCCGCGGGAAGGGGGCGGGAGGGGCGGGGGGGCGAAACGGGUGAUGGGGAUGGGCUGGGGUGGGGGGAAAAUUAUCAUAAACUGCCUGAGAAAUAGCUUUAGGAUUUUUGUAGGCAUUCAUUCUAGCGCAGCAGGCGACGCACGCAGUACAUACGGCUCUCCUUGGCCGGGGCCGCGGGCUCGGGAACAGCCAAGGGUGUGGGAACGGGGCACGGGAAUGGAAUUUCUGCGUGCUUGCCAAAAACAGCAGCCUCUGGCGAUGCUCCCCCGCGGGCGGGCGGGCCGGGCAGUCGGUGCCCACUGGCUGGCGAGACCCCUCCCCGGGAAGUGGGACCGUAUCCCUUGGGAAGAGCGCCUGCAGCAGGACGGGCUCCGGGGGGAGACAGGGCACAGAGCACCCCCAAAAUGCACCUUCACACCGUGCCCGGGCACUCCUGGGUCCAUGUGCAGGAAGGGGCAGUUUGGACACGAUCCAGCUCUCCGAAAGCUUGAAGGGCUUUGGCAGACACCAGUUUUCCUCAAAAAGGGUUUUCCUACACCAGUUUUCCCAAACCAGCUGGAAAAGGAGGCUGAGGGGGCUUUGGUAUGAAACAGGAUACAGCUGCAUCCACAGCCUGCUUGGGCCUCCUGGAUAUUGGAAAGCUUAAUCCAGGGAGUAAGAGGCAGAUUUUUAAGUCUUAAUCCCGUUUGCAGUUUGCAUGACAAGUGGAUGCAGACAGCAUCCUUUCAUCCUUCCUAGCAGAGCAGGGAACUCUACCAUCUCUGACCAGGGUCACUGAAACACUGGAGUUCCUCUUUCCCAGGAAAGCUUUGCCUCUGCCUGGGUGCAGUGGGUUUGCAGAGGGAGGAUGUAUUAGUGCUGCUUUUCAAAGAAAAUAGUGGGUUUUAUCAAACGACAUCCGUAAAAGCAUUUUAAAAAUGCAUUCCCAUUCCACAUGGGCCAAAGCUUUAAAUCAGGAAAAUGAGAAGAAAUUAUUUUUUUAUUGAAGGAUGCAACUGAAAUAAUGAUCCUUUGGGAUUCUGCCUGAAGGUUUCUGGGCCUCAAAAGGUAAGAGUGAGCUGUGUGGAAAAUCUGCUCAAGUCUCGAUGCAGUGAUUUAGUGGAAGGAAAAAGGAAAAAGAAGGAAUUUCCUUGUCUUGCCACUUGCUCUGGCAGUUUCCCGGGGAAAGGUGUCAGCACUCUGAUCCCAAAAUGCAGCAGCCAGCUCAGGGGUGGAGGAUUUGGAGCAGAAGGGUCUGUUCCCGACCCGUGUAGGUGUUAGGGAGAGCUUUCUCCCUGCAGGCGCUCUCCUCUGGGAUGCUGAUUCCCCAUCUCCCUCCCAACCUGCCUUGUCACCCUGUGCAGGGACACCCCAGCCCCACUCACCCCUGGGCUCACGGUCACAAACUGGCACAAAACCUGCCUGGAUGCCACCUUUGCCAACUCCUUCAGCAGCUGGAGCCUGGCCAGGCUGGGGGGGCUGCAGAGGAGCCGGGAGCUGCUUUGGGGUCAGCUUCCCCCGAGUUGGAGCAGAGGGAGAGGAGCAGAGUCACAGGGGGAUUUAUCCUCCUCAUGGAUCCCUCUGCCAGGUGUCAGCACCAGCUGAGCCUUGGAAUGAGGUGGAUGGCAUAAAAAUGUCCCAGGAUGAGGGCAAACCAGAAGAAAAUGUAUGGUUUUUUAUAAACGUUUCCCAACCAAGCAUUUAUCCCAAAGUUUCUAAUUUGGAAAAACGAGACAAAAAAAAUUGAUGAUUACUGUGAAAUGAACAGGGGUGACCUAAAGGGAGGGGUUGGGGGAGGAGAGGAAAUCCUCCAAAAAUCCUUGCAGAGGGGUUACCCACACAUCCCUCCUGAGCUGAUACCUGCCCUGACCUUCCCUCCUCUCCCAAGGAUCCAUUGGUUUGGCUGUGGGGACCUGGGGAGGGGUCCAGGAUGGCAGAUGCUUGGCAGUGCCAGGGUUCCAGAUAGUGGCAUCCCCUGCCUGCAGAACGAGGCAUGGAGCGAUGUGUGGGAUAAAAUUGCCCCAUCAAAAUCUUGUCAUAUCAAAUUCCUGCCACAAAGACUUUUCCAAAUAAUGGUUUGAUUCCUUUCCAAUGAUAAAUUUGGAGUUCCCUCUCCUGUUCCUGUGCUCUGGAGGGCCUUGGGCAAACAAGGGUAAAGCCCCAUGGUGCCAGGGAGGGCUCCUGGCAGGCUUUGUGCAGUUAACCCCCCCGUCUCCCCUCCCCAAGACGAACCCAGCGGGUACCGCUGUGUGCCAGGGACAUGCUCGGCUCUCACCUCCGGAAUGCCGGCGCGGCAUCGGCGGCAGAAGCGAAUCUCCCUCCCUCCAUCUCCGUCUGUCCGUUGAGAAGUGGGAGAGACACUGCGGACCAUGGUCCUCCUCGCCCACGCUGUGACCCCCGACCCGGCGAUGCCCGAUGUACCGGACGCGCACCUGAGCUCUUUGCACGGCCUUUGCUUUGGAAAUUAGGCGGGAUAACGACGUCUCAUCGCUCUUGUUUUGUAUUUCAAUUUUUUUUUCCUUCACAAAAAAGAAACUCGACCCAACUCACCGAGGUCUGCCCCGCUGGGAGCGACACGGCAGGAGGGCCCAGCAGAGCAGUUUUCUCCAGAGACCCCAGCGGGGAGGCGGCGGCGAGACCCCCCUGGCACUUGACGCCACCGGUGCAGAGCAAACCCUGAGCGGGGAAAAAAACCAAAAAAACAUUUUUGCUCAUGGACUUCACGCCCUGACUCCCAAGUUCACACUUCUGCCUGGAAGCUGAGAGCCUGGAGAACCACGAAAUCCAAGACACAAACGCUCUGGGUUCCGUAGAUGCAGGUUUAGAUGUGCCUGGCGGGGAAGGCGCCGGCGGUUCAGCGCCGGGCUGUGCCGUGCCGGACGGAUCCGCAGCAGCGCGGCAGCAGAACUCCACGAUCCCCUGGGCUGGUGCCACGGGCAAGUAUGGCUCGUGGGAAGGUGGGGCUGCCCCCGGUCAGACACGGCUUCACGUUGUGGUGAAAGGGGUUUGGGGGCUGUUUGUCGGGGUCUUCAUUUUGUUGGGGGCUUAGGGUUAUUUUAUUAUUAUAUUCUAUUUUUUUUUUGUCCGGGUCAUUAUCCUUUAUUUCCCCCCAGACUGUAGUAUCCGGUAAACUCCUCCUAAUUUUCAAAAGACAACGAGAAGAAUGACAAUCUAAGAAACCAACACCCUCCUUUGUGCUUCUAUAAAUAUGUUUCUGAUCUAAUUUUAUUUCUUGUGCUCAUCUGUACUGUUGACAGUUACAAUUGUGUAUAAUUUUUUUUUUAAUUUGGAAUUUUUGCGUUGUAUAGGGUUUAGUUUUAAAAUAUAUAUAUAUUUUCCAUUUUUUAAAAAGGGGUGUUGCAAAAAAAAAUUGCACGAUUUAAAUGACAAUAGUUAAAAUGCUGCAGUUUUUAGAGAUGUGGAAGCAAAAUGGAGCUUAUUUAUUCUCAAAGGCUAUAAAGGUGUAAAAUGCAUGAAGAAAAAAAACAUUUACAAAAAAAAAAAAAGACAAAAAAAGUGUAACCUGAACAAAGUGUAGCGUUAAAGAUUUUAAAGGAUGACAACAACAAGAAAAAAAGAAAAAACCAACAAAAAAAACAGCUAAUAUAUUGUGUUUGGGCUAGUUUGCUUUUGUUUUUAAUUGUUCCUUUUUUGGAGAAUGAAAUACAAUUGUGUAUAUUUUCAUAUAAGAAGUAUGCACUGAGAUGUUUCCAAACUGAUAUAUUCCUUUCUAAACGUGUGGUUACUUACCAAAGUCUGUUUCUGAUCUUUACCUUCUGAACUCUCUGUGGAUGCUCCAGCCCACGCCCGCCGGGGCCUGACGCCGCGGCCACAGGUAAGCCGGGGUGGGGGCACCGGCGUCGCCCCCUCCUCUCCCUGCCCCAGGGCGGCUGAUUUGGGGUGCUGGUGGAUGUGACCGCGGUGCUGGCGUUGGGGGGGCUGUGACCCCCGUCCCGGGAAGGCUGGUCUUUCCCAGGGCUUGGCUGGCUGGUUUUGGGGUGUUUGUGCCGGCAGCGGGGGAACGGGGAUGGCCAGGACUGCAGUGUCCCUCGUGGGACGAUGCCAGGGGAGCAGUGUUGCAGGGGGCAGGUGCAGAGGAAGGGAUGAGUCCCAUGUGCCAGGAGCACGGAGCGUGCAAGGGCUCUGCCACCAGCGUGUGCCGGAGUGGCCGGGGUUUGGUGCAGAGAGGAGGAGGAGGAUGGAAGGAGGUUGCGGGGUCUGGCUCAGGUGAUGCUGCUACUGGUAGCCAUAGGAGCAGGAUGGGGUGGGAAGCUGCUUGCCCUCCCCGGGAGGAGAUUUAGGGAUGGAGCAGGCCCUAAAUGAUAUCUCGAACCUGAAAUCCCGGGAAGGGCUGCUGGCACGUGGUGAGGAUGGUGAUGGAUCGAGGGGGAUGGUCUCGCCUGCUCUGGGCGGCUGCGGGGCUGAUCAGCUGGUGCCAGGGUGGGGUGUGGGGGACGGGGUGACCCCCUGCUGAUUGGGGUGGUUUUGGGCGAUGGCGAAGAGCUCGGCUGUGUUGGAUGUUUGGAUGAGGGCGUCGGUGCUGGGGGGUCCGGCAGUGUGUUGUGGUUGUGCGAGGGGCACCACCAGGGGUGGUGGCAAGGAGACCCUUGGGGAAGGGUUUUGCUGCUGUUGUGUGUUUGGGGCUGCUGCCAGUGUUGGGAUUGGAGGGUGAUGGAAGUGUUAAAUCCAGAGCUGCUGGCAACGGGCCGUGCGUGGUCCUGGGGGAAAGUGGGGCAAAGAGAAAGAGUUUCCUUUUCUUCCCCCCUUUUUCACUUCCAUCUUCCCUCCCAAAAUAGUCUUGGCAAACCAGGGAAAAAAGCAAAUUUACAAAAAAACCCCACCUUUUCCUUGAAAAUUUCACCUCCUGCACUUUUUUCUUCCCUUAUGUUGCUCAUUUGGGAGAUUCCCCCUAACGCUUUGGAUGGGAAUUGUGAAGUUUGUCACCAGCUCUGGGGAAAAGGCUGCAAACUGCUUCUGCCAGCCUAGAGCUCUGCCAGGGGUGAGGGGCCCUCAACAUUUCAGGGGUCCCCUUCGCACGGAUCCCUCUGUGUUGCUGGGGUGAGCAUCCAUUGGAUGAGGAAGGAUAUUCCCAGCCAUGCCUUGGUCGUGCCAUCCCUGGUGCCACAUCCUGCCUUGCCCUCCCAUCCUUCUGGCUGAGGGCACAAUUUGGGAAUAUUUUGGGGAUUUUUACCACUUAAAGUGGCAAAAAUUCAUCCCUUUCCACCUCUCCCAGGGCUGUGGGCGAGUCCAUAACUAUGGGCUUCAGCUGAACGUUUGCUCGUUUCCCUUUCCCAUGUUUAUCCUUUGCCUUCCCCUUUCACUUCACUUUUAUUUCUUCUCUUUUUUCUUUCUUUUCUCUUUUUUCUCCUUUUCUAUCUUUUUUUUGUUUUGGUUUGGUUUGUUUUUUUGUUUCUUUUUCUCUUCCACAAAAAAUCCCAACCAGACCCGUAAACCAAGUAUUAUGUUUUCACUACCUCCAUCCAUCACCCUUCCCUUUCCAAUGCCAGAAGCCAUGCUCGGGAUGUAAGAGGGCCUUUCCCCCUUUAUUUUCCCCUUUCCUCCAGAGAUUUUAUCUCCUCUGUGUCCCUCUGCCCCUCCUCUCUCUGGUCUCUCACCUGUAGUGUUUUACCUGGCUACUGUAACUGUAAAUAGCGAGUUUCAAUCUGUUAGCGAUGGUAACAGUACAGAAAACUGGUUUUGGGGUUUUUUUUCGUUGUAUUGAUAUGAAAUGAGAUUAUAUUUUUGUCAGAGUAUAUUGUAAUAAUACUGACUUUGGACAUGGCCGAGUUGUACAGCGAUUUCUUGUUUAACCCUCUUGGCUCUUCCCUUGCACCCCCCUCCCCGUCCCUCCCUGCUCCCCAAGUUUCCGUGUCCCAGACCCAGACCUGGCCGGGCUCCCAGCUGGGAGCAGCCACUUGGCAAUGGCUUCACACCAGGGAUGCUUUUCCACAGGGUUCCCAACACGCUGGCGUGUCCCCCCAUGGGUCUGGAGAGGUCAGAAACAUGCAGGAGGAUAUUUAAGUGAGCCUUGGGUAUAAGGAGGUUCCUGGCGUGCAGGGAUGCUCCCGCUCUCUGCUACACUCCCGGCAGGAAUCAGGGACCUCGGAGGAAUGGAUGAGGUCAUUCCAGCUCCCCUCUCCUCCCUAGCGAGUGGAAAACCACGCUGUUUUCCAGUUUCUUCCUCCCGAGCUCCGUUCUCUGGAGCGAUGCCUGUUUGGAAUGUGCUUUCCUUAAGCCAGAAGAGGGUGGUGUGGCUCAGGCUGCGCCGGGAUCGUCUCCGAGCAGUCUGAAGUAGUUUUCCGGGAACUGGAGGUUUUACAACAUCCCCAGCCCAGUGCUGCGGGGAGAGGCGUUGGUGAGCCGGGGUGAGCUGUUCCCCCCCUGCAUCCCACCCACAAAUGAGGGAUUUCUUCCCUUCGGCUGGGUUUGCAGAGCGGGAUUUUCCUGCUGGUGCCACCGAGAUGUAGAGACCAGCCCAGUUCCUCGCUCUCUGGGCACAAACCCACUGCAGAGCCUUAUGGAACAUCCUUUCCACAGGGAAACACGCUGUCGUGGGACAAUGCUGAGAUGUCCCCGUGGGCUCCCAGCAUCUCCUGCAAGGCUGAGGGGUGAAGCAGCCCAGCUCAGGCCACGACACCCCUCCUCCCCACGGCUCUUUCUGAGCAGUGUGCAGACAAAUAGGACACUGAAGAGGUGGAGACCAUCACGGCUGUGCUGCUGCUCCCCUUUUGUGUCCCACAUGGCCUCUGGGUUGGGUCUCCCCCAUCCCCUUCACGCCUCUGGUUCCCUGUAGCUCAGUAAAGCAGGUAGGUGUUAGCAAACUCUGGGGUGUCUGCAACAACCUUUGUAAAAUAGAAUAGACCCUUUAAAUGAUGCACUAAAAGAAAAAAAAAAACAAACAUAAAUCCCCUCUCCCUCAGCUUCUCUGUGUGAUGGUUCGUUGGAUCUCCCCGCUCAGCCCGUCUGUAACAGCACAGGCAGCUCUGCAUCCUCUCCCCAGGGUGCUGCACAGGUAGAAACAAAACAGGACGUGCACUUCCCCUGAGGAGUUUUAUUUAUUGUUUUGAGAAGCAAUUUAAAAGGAAAAAAAAAUAAACUGUGUAUCUAUAAUAUAUAUAUAUAUUUUUAACCUCUUUUCUUUUCCUGAUGCUCCUCCACCCGUGUGUGUGUGUGUGUGUGCGCGAGUCAAGGGAUUCUGAGUGGGGACCACAGUGUCCCCUUCCCCGUGUCCAGCUCUCCGGGGGACCAGGGUGUCCCCUUCCCCAUGUCCAACUGUCCGGGGGCGAUGCAGCAGAAGCCCAGAAGCAGCAGUGGAAGGGGAGGGAGGAUUUAUGCUGAGAGCUUGUAACGUUUUAACCGAGAUUUUUGAAUAAUUCCAUCUUUCUCUGGAGUAUUUGCACCCUUGGGGUCUGGCCUGACCGAGAACCUCCCCCACCCUGGGGAUGCCAUCGCCCCCCAUUCCCAUCCCCUCCUGUCCCUGCUCCCUUGACAAUCAGUGGCUCCUUCCCAGGGACUGCAGCACGUGGUUGAGACGUCUGUUUCGUUUUUUCAAUAUUCCUUUUUUGUGCUGUAUGGUGAUGCGUUAUUGUAUAUUCCACAAUAAGAAAAAAAAAUAUAUAAAAAAAUGAUGAUAAUAAUAAUAAUUACGAUGAGAAAUUCUUAUGAGUUUUGUUUGGAAACUCUUUCACUAUAUUUGUUGUAAAGAGGUUUACUAUUAAAAAGAAAAAAAAUACACGUUUCUGAUAA